GCAAUUUUUGAUAUGGAAUCACUACAUGAUCAUUACACGUAGCUAAUGAGUAUUAAAUAACCCUGUAGCUACCUGAUUUUCCUAUUUCAGUCAUGACAGACCAAAAUACCAAUUUUUCUAGCGAUCAGGGGAAGUUUGUUGGCUUUGUAGUCCCUGUGCCGUUUGGAGUAUCUCUCGUGUCAGGAGGUAUAGCUGGUACAGCAGUUGACAUCAUUCUGUUUCCAUUGGAUACCAUCAAGACACGCUUGCAGUCAGCUGAUGGGUUCUUCAAGGCUGGUGGCUUUAGGAGGUUGUAUUCUGGUGUUGCAUCAGCAGCUGCAGGCUCUGCRCCAGCUGCUGCAACUUUCUUUGCAACCUAUGAGCUGAGCAAAAACAUCCUGAUGCCACACCUUUCAUCUUCAUUUUUGCCUUCCAUCUACAUGGCUUCAGCUGUGCUUGGCGAAGUGGCAUCCCUUGUCGUAAGGGYACCAUUUGAAGUGGUCAAACAAAGAGCUCAGGCCUACUCAAAUACAUCUAGUCUUCAAGCAUUAAGAUUCACACUAGCACAAGAGGGUUUUCGAGGUCUUUACAGAGGAUUUCAGAGUAUGGUGAUAAGAGAGGUACCUUUUGCCUUUGUCGAAAUUCCAUUAUGGGAGCUUUUAAAGACUGGCUGGUCCAAUUACCAAGGUUACGAAGUCAAUGCAGUCCAAUCUUCUGUUUGUGGGGCAGUGGCUGGAGGAGUCGCUGCUGGUAUUACCACACCUCUUGAUGUCGUGAAGACAAGAAUCAUGCUGGCACAAAAAGAUACUUUAGAAGCAAAGUUGGGUAUAUACCGUAUGCUUAUCCUAAUAAGAAAAGAACAGGGAAUAAGAGGUUUGUUUGCAGGAGCGUCAGUUCGUGUAACAUGGAUUGCUGUCGGCGGUGCUGUGUUCUUUGGUUUCUAUGAUAAGGCCAAGAAUGUCUUGAUGAAGACAAAAGUUAAGAAAUACGAUUACGAUCAAGUUUGACCUUAGCUAACUUGACGAGRAGGAAUUUUGAUUCAAAAGAAUAUGAAAGAUGAAAGAGAGAUGAACUUCGCCGUACGACUUGCGACCCUGGUUCGGGUAACCAAGAAGUGAUCCAUUAAGCUUGAAAGAUCUACUGCGGACUGUUAACGAUGAAUCAAAAAAAUAGAAAUGAUCCAGAGGUCAUCAUUAUCAUACACGCCUUUGUUAAGUCUCCUAACAUUGGGAAUCAAGAUCUGGGACUUUUAUAUACAGAACAAGAUAAUGGACUUACGAUCUACACGUGUGCCUUGAUCGACCCAAUCAUAAUGGACCAUGGAGGACCUGUGAUGAUCAACUACAAAAUGGAUCGYAUAAAUCUAGGAUUACGAAGAACCUUGUAAUGGCUAGUCUCCCCCACAGCCGCUUUCAGUGU